UCAAAUUUAUAGAAAUGUAUUAAAUAUAAUCAUGUGGGAGAUGCUUUGGUUAGGCUUUAUGUUGUAUUUCUUUUGCUUGUUGGAUGCAGCAUCUGUGAAAAGUCGAAUCGUUAAGCCCGCUGAAGGAUAUUCGACACCAUAUACGAGCUCUAAAGUAACUUAUUCUCAGAAGCGAAGUGGUGUUCGACUUUAUGCUGAUUGGGGUUAUACCAUGGACUCCGAAAAACCUUUGCAGCAGCAGUGCAGAUCAACGGGUUAUCACAAAGACUCCCCUUGGGUGGUUAUUAAAAAAAGAGGAAAUCUUAUCAAAGAACCUCGUCGCUAUUUAAAAGAUCUUCGUACAGCAAUGUACGAUAAAGCAGAUGUAGAGAAAUGCCAUCAACCAGAAAUGACAAAUGUUUUGGAAUUUCUUGAAUGCCAAAUACGCAGGCACAUGCGCUUGGAAUUGCAAAUUCCCAAAUAUCCGGAAGUUCCUCUUUAAUUUUCUAAUAAUUCAAGAAACCGUUUAAAUUUAAAUCAUUUUCGUGAAUCCCCCUAUCAAAUGUGCGUCUACUGACUAAAGAUUGCCUGGUCACACUAAUAUUAUCGACUAAGCAAUAUCUGUUAUUCCAUCUCUAAGCCGAACUCAGUGUUUUCAGAAUAGGCGCAAAGAUUUUAAGGAUUUACAUUAGCUUAUGAGAUGGUUUUAAUUAAAAUAAAUUCUUAAUGAACUUAUCUUCUAAUAAUUCCCAA